AAUACGGCAAAGUGAAAAUAUGUGCUUAAUUCAAGGGGCGUAAUUGCAGAAACUUAAAAAGCUACCGAGUAGUUUGCCGAAGUAUCAUAUCAGGUACUGAAUCAGUCGAUAAAUCAUGAGCCUGACGUCAACGGCGUACUAAUGUUGGACAGUGAUUAGUAUUCGCGUAAUGUUAUAGAAUUUAGUCUCACCGUACUGUCAAAAAACUGCCAUGUAAAUUUUUUUUUAUCUAACUCACUAUUCGUUGAACACUUUUGUAUCUGAUAUCAGAUUUUACGACAUGGGCGACUCAGCUGAAUCCCAGAAGUGGCAACAACACUUGGCUCUACUUAGAGAACAGUAUGUCAAAUUAAAUGCCGCUCAUACAAAACUCCAGCAAAAUUAUGCAAAUGCUACCGCUGGUGCCCAAGAAUCUGGAUUUGUUAGCCGACUUCUAGCCACUGUUGCUUCACUUUACGGUCAACAACGAUAUAGCGAUUUGACAAUAAUCUUGCCCAACCAACAAAUACCAGCUCAUAAAUUCGUUUUAACAGCGCGUAGUGACUUUUGGAAUGAAGCGGCACUGCGCUGUACCUUAGAACUAGACUGGAGUAAUUUGGAUGAGCAUGUAGGAUCUAUAUUAUUAAAAUGGGUUUAUACUGGAAAAACCGAAAAAUCAAAUUUGACCUUGGAACUGAUGAGAGCUGCAUCCCGUUUUCAGUUAUUAGAAUUAGUUGAUCAAUGUGAAAAAAAUCUUAUCGGAAUAGUCAGUCUUCGAGACUGUGUUCAUUUGUACACAGCUGCAGAAGAAUUAGGGACAAUAGCAUUGAGGGAUCACUGCAGUUCACUUAUAUCUGUACAUUGGGAUGACUUGACUGGAGAGGAUUUCAAGGAAAUGCCAGGCGCAUUGUUGUAUAAAUUGCUGAAAGCCAAAAGCAAGUAUCCUUUGCACUCAGCUGUUCGCUUGGUUCGAGAAGAUGUCGUCUUUUUAUACUUAGUUGAACACGAUUCGGAGCUUUCAGAAGCAGUCAAUAAAGUUGAUUCUAGAGGAGACCGAGCUUUAGAAGUAGCUCUUCGUUCACGUCAACCAUCAUUGGCUCGAACUCUAGUUGAACAUCAUGCAGACUUAGGAGCCAGGGAUCCAUGCGGUCUUACACUCCUCCAAUCUGCAAUUCUGAAGGGAGAUACAUACUCUGCUGAAUUUAUAAUAGAACACCUCGAGAAUAGUAACAACUCCCAAAAAUUGGCAGAGCCUGUACGCAUUGUGACUGAUGCUAAGGGAUCAGAAAGCUUAAUGAAUUAUAUUGGAUGUACGGCGCUACAUCUUACCGCUGAGCACAAGACACAGGAUAUGAUAUCUGUUGCUACAAGACUGAUUCAAACAGGAAUUAAUCCUAAUUUACAAGAUCAAAGAGGAUGGACAGCCUUGCACUGUAGCGUUUUUGAGAAAAAUGAAGCAUUGUUUGACCUCCUGAUCCAUACCUCGGGCAUCAAUCUAAAUGUAGUUACUAACGAAGGUCAUACACCAUUGGCGUUUGCACUGAAUGCAGAGCCACCCUUAACAACUUAUGCGGAAAGACUUAUGAUCGAAGGGUCAACGCCAAAUCCGGUUUACGCAACCACAGGGGACACACUCUUACAUAUUUUAGCUAAAGAGAGAAAGGAGGCAGCUACGCUAUUUUUAGCUGAACAGCCUUCAAUAGAUUUAUCGGUUCCAAACGCUGAAGGGUAUACAAUAUUACACGAAGCUUGUAAGGCUGGGCUAGAGGAUCUGACUGAAUCACUGAUAAAAAAAGAUGUAUCUACAAAUGUAGUUACUUCAUCAAAUGGUUAUGCACCACUACAUUUGGCAAUCCUAAACCAACACCAUGGCGUUGUCACAGGGCUGCUGAAAUCCAAAGACACAGCAUCUCAGUUGAACUUGAAGGACACAGAGGGUGAAACACCCUUGAGUUUAGCAAUUAAAGCUCCUCUAAAGAAGGGAAGGGAAAUUAUGGCUGCUCUUAUCAGAGCUGGUGCUGAUAUCAAUCAACGCAAUGAAAAGGGAUUGACUCUCCUGCAUCAAGCAAUUUUCAAGGAAGAUUCGGCAACUGCAAUAUUUUUAUUGGAAAAUGGCGCCGAUAUGAAUGCCAGAACUCUAGAUGGAGAGACACCCCUUCAACUAUGCGUCCAUUGUCGAUUGGGUGAAGUAGUCGAGGCACUUUGUCGCAGAGGAGUAGAUACCUCUGUCGGAUGCCCACUUUGGGAUGCACUUGAUUCUCAACAAGACGAUACAGCAUCUGUUUUAGUUGCUCACGGAGCUGACACCGAUUGCUGGGCACCAGGACCUGAAGGAUGUCAACAGACUUUACUUCACAAAGCCAUUGAUGAAAACAAAGAAGCUAUUGCACAGUUCUUGAUACGAAGUGGCUGUGAUUUGAAUUCGCCUAGGCGUCCUGGGAAAGAGGGGUCCGGAGGUGAAGAAUCAAAAGAUAAUUGUUCUCCCUUGCAUCUGUGUUGUCAAUGGGGACUCGAACAAGUUGUUCAAACUCUCGUUGAACAUGGUGCUAAUGUGAAUUCGCGUGAUGCUGAAGACAAAACACCAGUUCAUGUAGCCAUUCAAAAUCAUCAUGCGCAAAUUAUUUGCCUACUACUGUGCCAUCCACAUAUAGAUUUAUCUUUGCGAGACAAAAGAGGUUUGAGCCCAUUUGCUACAGCCCUGACGGUUCGAAAUCACAAAGCUGCUCAGGUGAUAUUAGAAAGACUUCCCACAGCAGCAGAACAGGUCGACAACAAAGGUAGAAAUUUCUUGCACAAAGCCAUACAACAAAACGAUUUGGAAAGCGUUCUAUUUCUUCUGUCCAUCCAGGUUGAUGUCAACUCUCGUGUUCAAGACGUAACGCAAACUCCUCCACUUCAUCUGGCAGCUGAAUCUGGAAAUGAGAUGUUGGUACGGAGUCUGGUUCUUGCUGGAGCCCGAAUCAAUGAUACUGAUGCUCAUAGAAAUACAGCGCUGCAUGCAGCUGCUCGUGCUGGUCACGCACCUGUUAUAUCAGCCUUAAUUCAGAAUAAUAUCAACUUUGAUGCCAUUAAUGCCGAUGGAGAUAACGCAUUGCAUGUAGCUGUGCGAGAAGGCCACAUCGCUGUGGUCAGAUCGCUGUUAACAGAGUGUUCUUUGGAUGCGGAAACCAUUAAUCUCAAAGGCAGAAAUCCUUUACAUGAGUUGGCGAGAUAUGGACGUGACAAUGCCGCUACCAUUUGCGAUUUAUUUUUGGAAUGUAUGCCAAAAUAUCCGUUGAACAAACCUGACUUGGACGGAAAUACGCCAUUGCUAAUCGCAUACAUGAAAGGGAAUGGUAACUUGUGUCGAACUUUGGUGAAAGCUGGAGCCUGUCUGGGGGCAAUGAAUAAAGAAGGUAUCACAAUAUUUAAUUAUCAAGUAGCCACCAAGCAGCUUCUGUACAGAUUGCUUGAUUCACUCACCCAAGAAUCACCGUGGGCUGAGAAAGAUCUAUGUUUGGAAUGUGGCACAAAAUUUGGACUAACAAUGCGAAAACAUCAUUGCCGCCACUGUGGGCGAAUUUUGUGUAGCAAAUGCUCUGGUCAAGACGUGCCAAUAUUGAAGUUUGGGUUGAAUAAGCCAGUGAGAGUCUGUGCAGUUUGCUUCGAUGUAUUGCAAGUUGGUACAGAAUGAUAUACAAAUUUUGGAGAGAAAUAAAAUGUAUCAUUCCAAGAUUGAAGACAGCAUGAGAUUAUCAACUAACCUGAGAUAUUUAGGUUAUAAGAAUGUUAAUUUGUUGUAUCAAUAAAAUUACGAUGAGUCAUUUUCA